AUGUUUCUUCUUCGCUUCUGCUAUGUAUUUUUUCUUUAUAGAAUUUCAUGCAUUCCCAUUGAUAACGAUGUUCAGGGCGAUUUGAAAGUUGAAUGCGAUUCUCACAUCAUUUCAUUACAAAUUGGAACUCGAAAACCAUUUCUCGGUCGAGUAUUCAUCAAGAAUUAUGCCGACUUUUUCGAGUGCUAUACACAAGGAUCUGGUAGAUUGGUAGCGUACCAUCAAAUUGACAUUGGAACAUGUGGAACAACUCGAAUGAGAACAUUGAAUCCGAGGGGUUUGAUUGUCGAGACCGAAAUUAUUGUGUCAUUUCACCCGCUUUUUGUCACCAAAAUCGAUCGAUCUUACAAAAUUCAAUGCGUUUACGAGGAAUCUCAAAAUCAAGUCAAUAAUUCUUUGGAAGUCGAUCAUCUAACCACUCAAUUUUAUGAAGUCAAUUUAACAAUGCCACAAUGCUCCUAUAUGGGUGGCCCUCAAGGCUUCCCAAUUAGAUUCGCAAGAAUCGGGCAGCCUGUGUACCAUCAAUGGUCUUGUGAUACUCCGAAUCGUGGCAUAUUCUGCAUGUUUGUUCAUUCGUGUUUCGCCGACGACGGAAAUGGCGAUCGCUCAUUUCUAAUCGAUGGCAAUGGAUGCGCGAUUGAUCGAUUCUUGCUGUCCGAUCUUGAAUAUCCCGACGACCUCAAAGCUGGACAAGAGACGCACGUGUUUAAAUAUGCCGAUCGAGAGAAUAUAUUUUUUCAAUGUCAAAUUUCAAUAAUCGUCAAGGAACCGAAUGAAGAAUGCUUUCGUCCAACAUGCAAUCCCGAAGGCGCUGGUGGAGGUGAGAUAUUUACCACGACGAGCCCUUCAAGAAAUUACGGUAUUCGGCUCAUUCAUUUGAUGACAGUUUAG